CAUUGUUGCCGUUUAUUCGCUUGACAAACUUACGGCUCGAUUGGAUAUGCACUUCGGCCAUCGAUGACGCCUCACUCAAAACAAUUGCACAAUCCUGGCCUCAGCUCGAGACCUUCUUGUUUGGAAGUGCAGCUCGUUGGGUGAUGCCACCAUCUCUCACCUUUAUAGGACUCGUCCACCUCAUACAUCAUUGUCGGCGCUUGCAUACAAUUGGAAUGUCCUUUUGCGCAUGUCAAGUUGACAUCAACAACGAGCCGUUCUCUCAAACCAUUCCAAACGUGAAUAUCACCGAACUUUCUGUGGGGAUGUCUCCAAUCGUCGAUCCCAUCGCUGUUGCCAGCCAACUGCGUAGAUUCCUGCCCAAGUUGACUCAUGUGAACUCCUCCCUCGACUGGCUUGAUGAUGACAUCCCCACGCCGCCGCUAUUUGAACAUCUUGAGGAAGGGUGGGACAGGGUGAAUGUGUUACUGGAGGAUUGACUAUUACCAGCACGAUGAAACCAACAUCUUAUUGCCAUCAUGUGUGAGGCGCCCGCAACCCCAAGCUAGUCUCUCUGACAAACACAGAACCCAAAUCUCCGGGGGAUUUUUCACAUGCAUAGCGUUACACUUAGAGAUAUUUUCAUGGGUACCCUUGCAUGAUAUCCUCUGUUCUUCAUCUAAUCCGCAUUAUCAUGCAUCUCUUGAAGUGUUGCAGUCAUAGUCUAAAAUGACUGCUGGCUAGUAGCGGGGUUGCAGAUUCUGUUGUAUAGAGAACCAAGUCUCCUGUUCGGUUUCAUCGACACAGGUCUGCAAGGC